AUGCUUCUGAGCUUUUUUAAGCGGGUCGACCACAUAAAAUCCCUUUUUCCAGCAAACAUUCCCAACUCUACAGACACAUUCAUCCGCUGGAACAACGCAUUCAACACAUUAAACAUGACAUUUGUCGGCACACUUCAAUACUCUAUCAUGAUAUUCUGCGGCUACAAAUUGUAUUAUGAAAUGGAAGAGAAGCUCAGCAUUAUUUCAGACGAUUCUCGAAAACUUCAUCGUCAAAUUGUCAAAACUCUUCUGCUUCAGAUAAUAACGCCAACCAUCGUGAUGUACUCGCCAGUGUUCUUAGUGAUUUACCUACCACUUUUAAAUCUGGAUUUCAGCCUGCCAAUGGGAAUAUUUUUGGGCAUUUUUUCUUUUUAUCCGGCUCUGGGUGCAUUCAUAUUGAUGUAUGUUGUCACAGACUACAGGAGAGCUAUCAAAGAUGUGUUAAAAGUUCUCAAUCCAUUCAAAAAAGUAACCGUUAGUACUUUGGUGGUAAUUCCUGGGCAAGCAAUUUAUACCAUAAGUUAUUUAUGAAAAACGUACAUGAAAAGAUGUUAUUUUGCAGUUUUCCAUAUCAUAAUUUUUAUAUUGUAAAAUUCAUAACACUUGAAAAUGGAUCGAAAUGCAAAAAUUAAAUUAUACCGAAAUUUUUUGAAAUUCUCAGAAAACUUGGAAAUUCCUGGAAAAAACACCCAUAAUUACAUUUCUGAAAGGUCCGGGAAACAGCGAGGAAAGCGUGUCAGAUUUUUGCCACAGAAUAUCUCAGAAUUUCGAAAAAAAAAAAACUUUUUUUGUGUUACAUGGUAUUGAUCGUUUUCCAGAUUUUCAGACACUGUUCUGCCAAAAAUUAUGAAUUAGUGUAAAAUUACCAGGGUUUUCAGACAUCUUCAGAGUUUCAGCUAAUCUUUUUUCAACGAAACAUGCUAGAAAACGCGUUAAAACUGCCAUUAAAUUCGCAAAAAAUGUAGUAUUGGCAUUUCCUAUCAAAUCGGUUGUGUGUUUUCUCUUUCACGUAGUUGGUGGAAUUUUUUUGAAUUUUUUAGUCUUCAAAACCUACGAACAAGUAAUUUCUAAUAGAAACGUGGUAACAAAAAUUAAUUUCUUUGUUUGAAAAGAAACAAUUGCACGUAUUUUUCUCCUUAGAAUAUUAAUUUAAUUUAUUUAUUCUUCACAAUGCCACAUCUCUCCACGUGUGUACAACAACAACUAAAAAACUAAAUGUAUUCAUUUCUCGACUCUCUCGUCUUAGCUUUUUGUGAAAGCAUCGGAAAUGUGGUGAGUUCUAUGGCAUUUUUGUGGUUUUCAGAUUUUUUUUGGUGUUAUUAUAAAAAAACUUCUUGUUGAAUCUUAAGUUUUCAAUGGUUUAUUGCAAAAAAUCAGCUCAGCAAACACGAAGUACUAUCAACUUCAACCUAAUUUUGAAUACUUUCAGGUGCCUCGGAUAUUUGUCAACCUCUAUAGGAACUAUAGGACUAUAGGAACGAACUCGGUGGAUUGGAGAUUUAUAGAUGAGUCCCGAGAACAGCUCUAAUGCUCAGCUACAAUGCUCUAUAAGCCAUGUAGGAUUUGAGAAGGCAAACACGGAUCAACGAUCGGCAUAGGACGGACGCAUUCAAGGAACAACACAAGGAGUCCACGAGGAGAUGUUGCGACUUCGCGAAGAUUUUAUUAAUUUAACUUUUUUUUGGAAAUUUUUGUAUUUUUUCAAUCUUUUUUAUCCUUUCUGCAUAGCAAAUUGCAAUUUGCAAUUUGCAACGAUCGGACAACAGCUUUGUGCUAUUUAUGCUGAUCAAACAAGCCAAUUUCAAGAAUCUACUGCAAUCGAAUUAAUACUCAUAUUGUUCGUGUUUGAUAUAAUUGUGACACCUUUAUUGAUUCAGCUAACCUAUUUGGGAUGCAAUAUAUUUGGUUUUAUGUCAAAGUUAAAAAAGAUUGCAAAUAGAAUUUGUAAUAAAACUGAU